GAAAGCCUGCAGCCACAGCAGCCGUUUGUGGUUAAGAUUGAAGACCUCUGGCUUAAGUCAUUUUUGUUUAACAUGGGUGUUGUGAAAUAUGCUAUUGUUUAGUUUUACUAGUGAUUUUAAUUUAUCUGUGUGUACACACCAAAUGCUAUCCAGAAAACUAGGCCAACAGCUGGGGCGAGCCACUCAGUCCCUCGCCGGGUGGCUGGUUACCAAGUUCCUGAAGUGGCAUAACCAGAUCCUGGAGGAAAAUGCAGUGACACUGUGUGAGAUCCAGCCUGAUGAGACAGUGUUGGAGCUGGGUCAUGGUCCAGGCCUGGGUUUGGAGGUAGCUGUCCAGCUCCUCACAGGGCCAGGAGGAAAGCUGUUCGGGGUGGAUUACUCCAACUACAUGCACCACAUGGCCACAGAGAGGAUGCAGGCGCACAUAGCCAGUGAGAAAGUGACUCUGUACUGCACUGAUGUAGCAGCAAUGCCAUUAGAAGACAGCAGUGUGGAUAAAGUGUUCCACUGUAAUUCCUAUUACUACUGGCCUGACCUGAAGGUAGCUGCCUCGGAGAUACACCGAGUGAUGAAACCAGGUGGGCUCAUGGUGACGACACUCAGACUGGAUAGUGUUGUUUUAUUUGCAUCUAAGAAAGUGUUGCCUGGAGAGAACUGGCGACCUGAAGCCUACAUGGAGGCGCUGCAGUCCUGUGGUUUUGCAGAUGUCCGAAUGGAGAACAGAACUGACAAGCUUAUCCCAUUUCAAGCAAUUUAUGCCACUGCUGCAAAGUAAAGCAUCUAUCUAUCUAUCUAUCUAUCUAUCUGUCUAACUAUCUAUCUAUCUAUCUAUCUAGCUGGCUGGCUAGCUGGCUAUCUAUCUGUCUGUCUCUGCCACUCACAUCACUCUCAGACUCCCUCUUUCACUCACACUCUGACCUUCACUCCCUCACCCUUCCUCCCUGCUUAAAUCACCUUUGUUUUCAUACCAGAAUAUUUGUUACUUCAACCAUUCUGUGUGACCACUCUGCAUGUUUAUUGUAGUGUUGUGGUACGAAUGAUAAAUGCUAAAGGACAGUGGUCAUAAAUGAUCAAAUCUGCACUGUUUAAUCAAAUGAUCUUUCACUUUAUUAAAUCACGUGGCUGUUUAACAAUU